UCGUGGACGGAAGUUAUGGUCCGUGUUGUUGACGCGUGCUUUACGCGGUGCAUUGUUGUUGUUGUCCCAGGUGUGCAGUGUCCGCCUCUGUCCUGCAGGUGUCCCCGUUAUUCCUCCGUUCAGCUCCGGUCGCUCCGGGGUGUUGACCCGGUAGUGAACGACCUGCCGGGGUCACCGGGCUCCACCAUGGCGUGGAGGAGCUGCGCCGUCCUGCUCAGACUGACCGGAGAAGAUGUUUUACGGAGCUCCGUGAGGGGAGGCAGCAGGUGGCCUCACAGCUUCCAGCAGAGAUGUGGCUUCCGGAAAGCCGCCAGGAAACCAGAAUCCAAGAAGGUAGAGGAGGAGCUGGGAGCCCCUCCCACAGAGGCCUCCGAGGCCGUGGUCCCCCGACGGACCUCGGUCCCCCCCUGCGACCAGCAGGCUCCUCGCAGCUCCCCCCGUGCCUUCGGCCGGCUCGUCAGGCCGCUCGUCUUCACCGUGGGGUUUACAGGCUGCUCCUUCGGCUCGGCGGCCAUCUGGCAGUACGAGUCCCUCAAGUCCCGGGUCCAGAGUUACUUCGACGAGGUCCGAGCCGAUUGGCUGGAGAAGCUGCGACCUCAGAAGCGAGGAGACGUCCGCAAAGAGGUGAACCAGUGGUGGCACAGCUUGAGCGAGGGGCAGAAGACGGUAACAGGGAUCAUUGCUGCUAACGUUGUGGUGUUCUGCUGUUGGAGGGUACCAUCUCUGCAGCGCUCCAUGAUCAAAUACUUCACCUCCAACCCCGCCUCCAAGACCCUCUGCUCCCCGAUGCUUCUCUCCACCUUCAGCCACUUCUCCUUCUUCCACAUGGCCGCCAACAUGUACGUCCUCUGGAGCUUCUCCACCAGCGCCGUCUCCAUGCUGGGCAGAGAGCAGUUCAUGGCCGUCUACCUGUCUGCAGGUGUCAUUUCUUCGUUUACCAGUUAUGUGUGUAAGAUGGCAACGGGGAGGUUCGGUCCAUCUCUGGGCGCCUCUGGAGCCAUCAUGACCAUCCUGGCGGCCGUUUGCACCAAAAUGCCAGAAGCCAAACUGGCCAUCAUCUUCCUCCCCAUGUUCUCCUUCAGCGCCGCCAACGCUCUAAAGGCCAUCGUCGCGAUGGAUACUGCCGGCGUGGUGUUGGGAUGGAAGUUUUUUGACCACGCUGCUCAUUUAGGAGGAGCCCUGUUUGGAAUGUGGUACAUCCUGUUUGGUCACGAGUUGAUCUGGAAGAACCGAGAACCUUUUGUUAAGCUGUGGCACGACCUGAGAACAGGAGGACGACCGGGCGGAGGAGGUGACGGAGGUGGCGCCGUGUAGAACGCUGAAGCGCCGGGGCUGAUGGGGGGAAAAACACAUGUACAGAUGUAUAAAAUGUACAGAUGAACAGAAAGAAGCUGCACCGUUCAGGACACCUUGACAGGAAGUAGGUGGGCGUAACGGUGACCUCAGCUGGUGAAGUCACCUGGAUUUAAAAUAAUGAUCAUAUUUAUAAAAAAUAAUCGACAUAAAUGAUUGAUGUUUUGUUUGUUUGUGUUAGAGGCGAAGCAGAAAUCCAAACUGGGACUGAAAAUAAUUAUUUUACUGUUUUUGAUUGUGUUAGGGUUAAUUCAUUAUUUAGCCAAUAAAAACAUCCAAAAAGCCAGAGA